AUGUCUACUCCAUACAUGAAGCUGCUGCUUUACUUCUUCAUUGCUUUGACGGUUUUUGUCAUCCCAUCCCUCUCCCAUGAUCAACCCAAAAACCUAAGUUCAAUGGAUGAAAAUAAUAACGAUCAUCAUCAAUGUGCCGGCUGUAAGCAGCAAACACCACAGCCUCCUAAAUCUGAACCACCCCAAAAAGGUGAGCGUCCACCGCCGUCUAAAGGCAAGCCGUGUCCUCCACCAUCGCAGCCACCCCAAAAGGGUGAGCGUCCACGGCCGUCUAAAGGCAAGCCGUGUCAUCCACCAUCGCAGCCACCCCAAAAGGGUGAGCGUCCACGGCCGUCUAAAGGCAAGCCGUGUCAUCCACCAUCGCAGCCACCCCAAAAGGGUGAGCGUCCACGGCCGUCUAAAGGCAAGCCGUGUCCUUCACCCUCACAGCCACCCCAAAAGGGUGAACGUCCACCGCCAUCUAAAGGCCAGCAGCCUUCGCCACCAUCACAGCCACCCCAAAAAGGCCAGCGUCCACCGCCAUCUACAGGCAAGCCGUGUCCUCCACCAUCACAGCCACCCCAAAAGGGAGAGGGUCCACCGCCAUCUAAAGGCCAGCAGCGUCCGCCACCAUCACAACCUCCUAAAUCUGAGCCACCUCAAAAGGGUGAGCGUCCACCACCAUCUAAAGGCAAGCCGUGUCCACCACCCAGAGGUGAACAGCCUUCACAGCCUAAACCCAAUCCACCACCUUCAAAAGGAGAGCCUGUUUCACCUCCAAAAGGCCAAAAGCCAUGUCCACCACCAUCUCAUCAAGGUCAGGCUCACCCGCCACCUAAAGGGGACCCUCCAAUAACUUUGUAG